GGCGGACGGACUAAACAUAAACGGAUACUCUACGCUGGAGGGAGAUUUGAGAGGCAACUUGAGGCUAGUUCUCCUUAAAGCGGACUGCUUUAGGUUUCCAUCAUCUUCUCCAGACAUGGCGAGCACCGCGCCUUCAGACAGCGACAUCCAGACAACGAGCCGAGGCUUCUGCUGCACGCUGUGUCACGUGAACCUGCCGAACUUGCCAAGCGUGGAUCAGCAUGUGAAGGGGCGGAAGCAUCGGACUCUGAGCACAGUGCGCUCCACCAGGAAGAGCCACGAGGAGCGCAGCGUGUUCGUCAGCGGCAUCAAACCAGAAAUCUCCCAGACCGAUUUGACGGAGUACUUUCAGCAGUUCGGGGCUGUCACUGACGUCAUCGUGGAUAAAGACAGGGGGCUUUACGCCAUCGUGCAGUUCGGCGAGUCCGAGAGCAUCCAGGCCGCGCUGUCCUGCGCCGAGCACCGGCUGAAGGGUCUGAAGCUGCGGGUCAAGCCACGGGAGAAGAAGGAGUUUAAACUGAUUCCCAAGAAGAAGAACGAUCCUCAGAACCUCCAACGAAUCUUCGAUCGCCUCAAGCCUGAGCUGUGUCAGCUGCCGUCGGUGGAUUCCCAGAUGAAGUUCAUAGUUGAGCGGUUGCAGCUGGGAGAAAAUGAAAAGAAGGCCAGAGGGUUGGUGGUGCAACUCCUCCAGGAGGUCUUUGUUGAAUUCUUUCCAGACAGUCAGAUCUUGCUCUUUGGUUCAUCCGUCAACACGUUUGGCUUUCACUCCUGUGAUCUGGACCUGUUCCUGGAUCUAGAAAACACCAAGACCUUCCAAGCUAAGGCUAAGACCUCCACAGAGCAGGCAGGCGAAGGAAUGUCAGAUGACGGCCGCUCCGAGGACUCCAUCCUGUCCGACAUCGAUCUGUCCACGGCGUCUCCGGCGGAGGUUUUAGAGCUCGUGGCGACCAUUUUGAGGCGCUGCGUCCCCAGCGUGCACAAAGUUCACGUGGUCAGCACCGCUCGGCUGCCUGUCGUCAAGUUCCAUCACCGCGAGCUGAACCUACAAGGGGAUAUCACUCUUAACAACAGACUUGGUGUCAGGAACACCCGCUUCCUCCAGCUGUUGUCAGGGGCGGAGGAGAGGCUGAGGCCUCUGGUGUUCGCCAUCCGGUACUGGGCCAGGCAGAAGCAGUUAGCUGGUAACCCCAGCGGCGCCGGCCCCCUCCUCAACAACUACGCCCUGACGCUGCUGAUGGUCUUCUUCCUGCAGAACAGCCAGCCCGCCGUCCUGCCCACGGUCGACCAGCUCAGAGACAUGGCCUGUGAGGAGGAGGAGUGUGUGAUUGAGGGCUGGAACUGCACCUUCCCCAGUCAGCCCAUCGCGGUCCCACCCAGCAAGAACACACAGGACCUCUGUUCUCUUCUCGCUGGCUUCUUUUCCUUCUAUGCACAUUUUGAUUUUGCCAGCAGCGUGAUAUCCCUCAGGGAGGGUCGUGCGCUUCCAGUCGCCAGCUUCCUCUCACAAGAUAAAGACGAUGAAAGGAUGCAGGAAGAGCAGCCCUCCAAGUCCGACCCGCACCGUCCCAAACUGGGCCCCCUGAACCUCUUGGACCCUUUUGAGCUUUCCCACAAUGUGGCCGGAAACCUGAACGAGCGCUCGCUGCGAAACUUCCAGAAGGAGUGCCAGGAGGCUGAGAAGUACUGCCGCAGCCUGCGCUACCAACGCAAAAGCACCAAGGGGAAGUCGUGGGGACUGGCGCGCCUGUUCGCCCCGCCUGGAGAUGUCCAGCAGGCCAAGCCGGAGCAGCUCGUCAUCAGCAUCCCCUUCAGUUCAGCAUCACUCCCAGAGGUGCUCCGCACGGAGCUGCACUCAGCAGGAGACGCUUUCAGGCAGCUGUGGUUCCAGAAGGUCUGCUCUGCUGUGGAGAUUGUUCUGAGAACUGUCCUCAAGUGCCACCUCGAUGCCUCCGCAGCUGCCGUUUUGAGCGAGGAUUCAGCUGUUGGCGUCGAGGAGAUGGAGACCACAGCAUCGUCGCUGAACGACAGCACCCAGAGUGUUGAAUCUCUCAGCGAGAGCAGCCCUCAGUGUGCGGCGGCGGCCGGUGCCAAGAGGCCUCUGUCCUCUGGCAGCGACUCCUCUGUGUCUCCUCGUGGCAAAAAGCCAAGACUGGCAGGAAGAGGCAAGCCUGAAUUCCCUCUGUGGACAUGUGUCCAAAAGCACAUGGUGUGGCUUGGCAGGCGGAAAGUGAGACGGGAGCUGAUGAAAGACACAGACUGCAGGCCUGAGGGCAGCUGCAUGGAGCUGGAGUCCCAGGUCUCAGCUUCCAUCGCUGAGAAAGAGCCCGGGUUGAAGGAGCCCCUGGAGUUUAAAGUUUGCCCCCAGAUGGUCGGCGGAGCAGAAAACACAAGAGCGCUGCUGAAGCUGAGGCCAAGCAGUGACGAGGCGGGAAUCUUCCAAGACUUCUUUCACUUCCUGGAAGCGUUCCUUCCCAAGAUGGUAGAGACGGUGCUGGAGAAAGGAGCGGGCAGUGCUUAAAAAUGAGACCUGCUUCACACCCGUCUCCAAUAUUGGCAGAAAAGUUCUUUAGUGAAUGGGAAGGGGCUUUACUGUAAGUUUAUGUUUAACUACUCAUUUAUUACUAUAUAAAUGUCAAGUUUGUAAUGUUUUUGUUUUAUGCUGCCUGUUUGUCCUCUGAGUUCAUUAGUGCAUCAUCUGAUUACGUCCUUAUGAAGCCUUCCUUUAAAGUUUGAGACUUGGCAUUGGUUUUUCUUUGCUUUUCUUUCUAAUGGUCCUGACAAUUUUUGAAAACAAAAAUGAAUAAAAGCCAUUCUCACUCUGAA